AUGUGUCUGUGGCUGUUGACAGCUUGUUUUGGGCUAUUGCCUGCAAACCCGUCCCCGAUUGUGAUAGUUCCUGGUGUGCCCGCGCCUAUAAUAGUGCCUACAACUGCAGCCACGACAGCAGCCACAACGACUCAGGCGCCAACGACUCAGGCGCCAACGACUCAGGCGCCAACGGCACCUCCGACGAUGCCUGUAAAUGUAACCACUUCAGUACCGCCGACUAUGCCGUCAACUAUGCCGUCGACAAUGCCGCCAACCAUGCUUCCUACUAUGCCACCUACAAUGCCUUCGGUUACUACAGCUCCACCGACGACCACUACUACUACUGCAGCUCCUACUCCGCCUCCGACAACAGCAGCUCCCACAACUUCAGGGCCUCUACCGAUCGAUCCCAGGCUUGGAACUACUCCGGGCCCUCUGGCAGCUCUGCAAAUACAGCCAAUGGGCUAUAGUUCUCAAGUACCAUCUUACGAUGCCGCUGUAAAGUUCCCAAGACAAAAAAGAAGUAUGAGACCGCUUAAUGUGAAACACUUUUUGAGCAACUUGUCAAAGCCUGAUGAACAUCACGUAAUUCACAAAAGGCAAAGUAACAACUGCAGAUGUGUUACCGCUGGAACAUGUAUUAGAAUUCCCAUGAUUGAUGUCAGAAUUGUUACUCCGGCAGUAAGUCAAUGUCUAACAGGACAAGAAUAUUGUUGUGGUAAUACAACUAUGAACAUGACGCAGAUAGGAUGCGGAACCCUACAAUCGGUACCAACUACAGGAGUUACACCUAUGGCUGGUCAAGCUAAUUUCGGUGAAUUUCCUUGGCAGGCCCUUAUUUUAACGAAACAAAACGAGUACAUCGGCGGAGGAGUUCUUAUUGAUAAUAUGAACGUUUUAACCGUUACUCAUAGGAUCAUGUCUUAUGUGGUAUCAGGAACAGCUCCGAAUGUGAAGGUUCGUCUUGGUGAGUGGGACGCCGCUGGCACGUACGAACCAGUCGCCCACCAAGAAUACACAAUACAAAGAGUGUCAAGUCACCCAUCCUACAACGCUAACACGCUUCAGUUUGACGUCACAGUGCUUCGAUUGGCAAGCCCGGUUCCGUUUACACCGACGACAGGAGCUGCUACUACUAUCAACAGAGCGUGUCUUCCUUCAGCGGCUAAUGCCACCUUUACAGGUCAAAGAUGCAUGGUCUCCGGGUGGGGCAAGGAUGCAUUCGGUACUCAAGGACAAUUUCAAAAUAUUCUGAAAAAGGUCGACGUCCCAAUUGUUGCUCCAGACGUUUGUCAAACGCAAUUGAGAACAGCUCGGCUCGGGCCCACUUAUGUUCUGGAUACUACGUCAUUCGUAUGUGCCGGCGGAGAGUCCAAUAAGGAUGCUUGUACGGGCGAUGGAGGUUCCGGUCUUGUGUGUCAAACAAAUGGCCGUUGGGUGGUGGUCGGGCUGGUCGCAUGGGGUCUAAGUUGUGCCAACGCCAAUGUAUCCGCUGUGUACGUCAAUGUCGCGGCUUUCUUACCUUGGAUACAACAGCAAGUUGCCGCUGCUUAAACAUCAACGCUUUUAGUUAACUAAAUUUAAAAUUGCAAAAAGCAAUUUCUCUGCGAACAGUACUGUACCGUAAACAAAACACCAA